AUGGUCAAGAAGCCUAUCAUCGGCCUCCUUGGAGGCGGCCAACUCGGCCGGAUGUUGUGCGAGGCCGCGGGGCCGCUCGGCAUUGAUAUCGCGAUCCUGGACGAGGCCAACUGCCCCGCUAAGCAGGCAAACCAGAACAGUCGGCACGUCACGGGCUCUUUCAAGGAUCCGGCCAAGAUCAGGGAAUUGGCUGCCAUGUGCGACGUCCUCACUGUCGAGAUUGAGCACGUGAACACGGAAGUCCUCGAGGAGAUUGCGACCCGUGGUGUCAUCACCUCCCCGGGAACAGUAAAGAGGGUGCCAGUUCACCCCCAUUGGCAGACUCUGCGCUUGAUCCAGGACAAGUACUUGCAAAAGGAGCACUUCGCCAAGGCCGGUCUUCCCAUUGCCCCGCAAAUGGCCAUAGAGUCCGGCCCCGCCAUGCCGGAGAGCCUGACAGCGGCUUACAGGACGUUUCAAUUCCCUUUCAUGUUGAAGGCGAGAAAGGGCUCCUAUGACGGCCGCGGCAACUUCAAGGUCAGGGGCCCUGAGGACUACGAAGCGGCUAUCCAGGCAAUGGGCAAGUUGUCCUUGUACGCCGAGAAGUGGGUUCCCUUCGACAUGGAGCUGUCCGUCAUGGUGGUACGGACUGAAGACGAAGAUGGUGAGCUCAGAAAAGUGCACACUUACCCAGCCGUCGAGACCAUUCACGAGGAGAGCAUCUGCACCAAGGUGUUCUACCCGCCCCGGAAGGUCCCUGUCGACGUGUGCGAGAAGGCCCGCCAGGUAGCUGGAGAUGUCAUCAAGACGGUCAAGGGACGCGGUGUUUUCGCCGUUGAGAUGUUCUUGCUGAAGGACGGCACCAUCACCGUCAACGAGGUUGCCCCUCGUCCCCACAACUCUGGCCACUGGACCAUUGAGGGUGUUCCCUACAUGUCGCAGUACAAGGCGCAACUAUACUCCAUCUUGGACAUGCUCCCGCGGUCCAUCAAGCUUCAGCCCCGCGUGUCUAGCGCGCUCAUGCUCAACAUCCUUGGCGGCGCUCGCGAGGACUCCCACGAGGAGCUAGUCGACCUUACCGCGUCCCUAUACGAUGACAACAUGGACGUCUUCCUCCACCUCUAUGGCAAAUCAUCCAAGCCUGGCCGUAAAAUUGGCCACAUCACAGUCACAACCCACUCUCCCAACGCCAACCUGGAGAGACUGGCCACGCCCCUCAUCAACGAGGUGAACUACAUGCGCGAGGCUCGCCUUGACGCUUCUUCUGAGCAGCUCCGUCUGCAGGAGUCUCCGGCCAAGAAGACCAGCUCCCGUAACUCGGACAAGCCUCUCGUUGUAGUUACUAUGGGUUCUGAUUCAGACCUCGGCGUGCUCAAGGGCGCUUUUGAGAUUCUUGAGCACUUUGAGGUCCCCUACGAUCUCGACAUCACCUCUGCUCACCGCACUCCCCACCGUAUGGUCGAGUUGGGUAAGACUGCUGCUCAGCGCGGUAUCAAGGUCCUGAUCGCAGCUGCUGGUGGUGCCGCCCAUCUCCCUGGAAUGCUGGCAUCUGAGACCACGGUCCCAGUCAUCGGCGUGCCCGUCAAGGCCACCCACCUCGACGGCCACGACAGCCUGUUGAGUAUCGUCCAGAUGCCCCGCGGCUGCCCCGUUGCAACUGUCGGCAUCAACAACUCUACCAACGCUGCCCUCCUGGCUGUUAAGAUUCUAGGAUCUUUCAGCCUCGAGUACCAGCAGAAGAUGUCCCAGUACAUGAGCAACAUGUCCCGCGAGGUCGAGCACAAGGCCGCCAAGCUGCAAAAAGUAGGCUGGAAAACGUACCUGGAGAGCAAAUAA